GACCGAUUUUCGUCCACUGCCCGGUGCGUUCUCUUUUGGAGCCGAGUAUAGUUUGUUCGCGAAUGACCCAUUUCUAUUGUCCGCCGCAGACGCCGAAAUUGCUGCUCACCACCGUGUUACGCCGUUCGUUGAACAACAGUAAUUGUCUGCCGUUCAGUCGCCCCCGUGACUUUGUAACGGUUUUGUCGACCAACGUGUUUUUCUCACUCCCCGCCCGCCGUUCCGACUGAUCGUCUAGACUUGCAGAGACAACACAAGAGACCGGCGAGUGGCGUCGGAUACUUCGAAGAUGGCUUCAAACUUCGGAAAAUCAAAACACCAAGAGCAACUUGUGGAGGUAGUGAACGUGCCCAAACAAAAUUUAAAAUCUAAUGCGCUCGUAAACAAAUCGGAUGAACUCAUCUCGCAUAAAAAGAAGAAACAAAUUAAAAAAGAGGUGGAGUAUCAGAAAAAAAUGAAUUUGAUGACGAACAAAGGAGGCCACGGCCACUCAGAGCUAAAUGCCAAUUUCUCUUUAUCUCAGAUACAAAAGUCUGUAAAUCAGCGUGUUGCCUUAGAGCACGCUGUCGACAUCAAAAUCGAUAGUUUUAGCAUCGCGGCCAAGGGUCAAGACAUGUUCGUCAACGCUAGCCUGCUGAUUGCCCACGGCCGGCGGUAUGGUCUGGUCGGGCCAAACGGUCACGGGAAAACAACAUUACUCAGACACAUUUCUGAACGGCUUUUCGACAUUCCACCGGGUAUUGACAUCCUAUACUGUGAACAGGAGGUAGUGGCUGAUGAAACAACGGCGGUUCAAGCAGUACUUAAAGCGGACAAGCGGUGUACGGAGUUGCUAGCUGAGUGCAAACGACUUGAGGAAACUCAAGAAAAAGGCACGGGCGAAGACAUAACAGAAAGACUAAACAAAGUUUAUGACGAGCUCGAGGUGCUCGGGGUCGACUCGGCUGAACCCCGGGCUCGGCGCAUACUUGCCGGUCUCGGUUUUUCCGCGGCCAUGCAGGACCGGGCCACCAAAGACUUCUCGGGAGGCUGGCGGAUGCGCGUGUCUCUUGCCCGGGCACUGUUUCUGGAACCUACGUUGUUGUUACUCGACGAACCGACUAACCAUUUGGACUUGAACGCUGUCCUAUGGUUGGACAAUUACUUACAGGGAUGGAAGAAAACUCUGUUAGUCGUAUCUCACGACCAGAGCUUUUUAGACAAUGUGUGUAACGAAAUCAUUCACCUGGAUCAGAAAAAAUUGUUCUAUUACAAAUGUAAUUACAAUUCCUUUAAAAAUAUGUACUCUCAGAAAAAAAAAGAGUCCAUUAAGGAGUAUGAUAAGCAGGAAAAACGACUGAAGGAAUUAAAAAAGGGCCAAUCGAAGAAGCAGGCCGAGAAAAAACAAAUAGAAGUAUUGAGCCGUAAACAGGAAAAGAACAAGGGCAAAACAGGUAAAGGUGCUGGCAUGGACGAUGAUGAUAACACUGGACCCACGCAGCUAUUACAAAAGCCCAGAGACUACCUCGUCAAAUUUUCGUUCCCCGAUCCCAGUCCAUUACAGCCGCCUAUACUGGGUCUACACAAUAUAAGUUUCGCAUAUCCCACUCAGAAGCUGUUGUUUAAGAACGUUGAUUUUGGCGUUGACCUCAACUCCCGUAUAGCUAUUGUCGGGCCCAACGGUGUAGGAAAGUCCACGUUCCUCAAGCUGUUGACCAAUGAGUUGCAGCCUAGCAUCGGUGAAAUGCGAAUGAACCAUCGGAUGAAACUCGGAAAAUUUGACCAGCAUUCUGGUGAACAUUUGACAGCCGAAGAGACGGCCACCGAAUAUCUGAUGAGGUUGUUUGACUUGCCAUACGAGAAAGCGCGCAAGCAGCUGGGUACUUUCGGGCUGGCUAGCCACGCGCAUAUCAUCCGCAUGAAGGACCUGUCUGGUGGGCAAAAGGCCCGUGUCGCUCUGGCUGAACUCACUUUAAAUGCUCCUGAUGUUAUUAUACUGGACGAGCCUACAAACAACUUAGAUAUUCAAUCUAUUGAUGCGUUAGCCGAAGCGAUAAAUGAUUACAAAGGAGGUGUCAUAAUUGUAUCUCACGAUGAACGGCUGAUCCGUGACACAAAAUGCACGCUAUGGGUUAUCGAGGACCAGACCAUCAAUGAAGUGGAUGGUGACUUUGAUGACUACCGAAAGGAGCUGUUGGAGUUUCUGGGUGAGGUAGUCAACAAUCCUAGUAUCGCAGCCAACGCGGCCGUCGAAGAAUAACAGCCACCACUGUGUCGUCUUAUUGAUUAUUAAUUAUAUUGUUAUGUAUUACUGCCUAUAUAUUUUAUGAAUAAAUGUAUAAAAAAAAAACCUGAUGUAUUUGACAAU